AUGGCUGAUCUUCCAAGUACUAUCAAAGAUGAGACAAUGAUAUCAGUUAGCGUUGAUUCGACUUUCUUUGUUGACAUCAUAAAGCGUCUAAAUCAAAAGAUAAAAGAGCACGAACAAAGAUUUAUAAAUCUUGAUAAUAUUAUUAAAACAUUUGUCACGAAAGAACAAUUUGAUCUUGUUCUAAGUCCUCUUACAAAGAAAGUUGAUGACUUUGCCCAAAGAAGUAACGAAGCGUUAGAAAAAUCCGAAUUAUUAACUAAAGUUGCAAACGAAACUCGCGAUAAACUCACCCAGAUGAUCGAUGGAAAAUUCGAUGAAAUGUUGUUUUCUACUAAACUCAAUCAAAAGAACGCAUCAGAAAGCUUAGAACAAAAAAUUGAAACUUGUUUUCUUAAGACAAAAGAAGCUCUUGAUCGCUCACGUGAAGCCCAAGAGGAAGUUCGAGCUCAAAGUGAAGUUACAAAAGAAACAAAAGCAAACGUUCAAAUUUUAGGAGAUCGAAUUCAUCAUGUAAACACAGAAUUCAUAAAAUACGUCAACUCUCAUAACAGAACAGUCAAGAGAAACAACUCAGAUGAACAAUUACCAAUUACAGGCGAUGCCGGAGAUAAUGACUUAAUUGAGCAAAUUCAAGCACGUACAACAGAGCAAAUCAACCAAGUACACACAACAAUGGCCGAUUUACUUAACAACAGACUCGCUUCUCUACAAAAAGCUCUUGAUAUUGCACUUAUGCACACAACAUCAGAUAAUGCACCAAAACUCAACGAAGUUUGGGCAGUUACAUCUCAAAACAGAGCUGCUCUCGUCAAUGCAAUGACAGAACAAUCACUUUUAUCAAGAAGAGUCGAUGUUUUGCAGCAAUUAAUUGAUAAUUUGCAGCAAAAUCCAUCAAAUCCUGAAUCUCCGAACCGUCCAAUGCUUUCAAGCAUCAUGGCACAUCAAACAGCAGCAACACGUGCAGGAAUGUUGAUUCCGUUAGACAACGACAUUCGUGCAAAAGAACAUCAAAAACUAGAAAAAACAGUUGACCAUCUUGGCGGCCAAAUCGAUGCUGCUCUUCAAGAUAUCCUUCGAAUCAAGAACGCCGUCAACAGGAAUGAGAAAGAUGUUAGAGAUGUCGUACUCGCAAUCAUCGAUGAAUUCAAAUUGAUCAGAACAAACGCGAGUGGUUUAGAACAUCUUCCUCCACUUAAUUUGGCAACAUGUGUCCCCAGUUUCUUCAAUAAUCCAAGCUUCACAUUUGCACGUGUUGGUGGUGACGAUGAAUCACCAGAUGAAUCUGAUAGAUCUAGCUCUCUUCCAACAGGAUCAGGCACAUCAACACUUGAAAGAAUGAGACUUGGAAGAAGAGGAAGAUACAGAGAAGACAGCGAAAACGAAGACAUGAUCAGUGGCGAAAUUUCAGAAGAUGACAUUGGCAUAAAGAAGAAACAGUCAACAACGUUCUUCAAGACUAAAAAGAUCUCUGGAUUGAUGCAUAUAAUUUCUCGACAGCCUAACUAUAACUCUCCACCUCCAAAGCUUGAUAUUGAUGACAAGAAAUCAGUGAAAAACGAUGACAAAAAAUCAGUUAAAAGUGAAAGUGAAAAUGAUAACAUUUCAACACAAGUUUCAGGUAAUAUUUUGUAUGUUGGGAAUACGUCUAAAUCGCAGCCAGAGCAGACAGUUGUCCAUGUAAUUGAAAAGGAAACAUCGGAACAGUUGAAAGGACAAAUGGAACUUUUCAUCAAAAACAAAAAUGAACUUAUGUCAGCUGUUGAAAGAAAAGUUGAUCGCGAUUUUGUUGAGAAAGUAUUUAACAAGUUCAGAGUUAUCAUCAACGGAUUGAAUGAACGAGUGAAAGAGCUUGCAUCGUCUAUGGAUAAAUUCGCCACUCAAAAGGACGUUCAGACAGUUGCCGAAGUUUUGUCACAGACAGCAGCGAUGGUCGAAAAAUCAUCUACAAAACAAGGCAAACUUCCUGUUUCUAACUUCGGCGGAAGUGGAGAUUUCGUCUAUGGUGAUGAUGGUUCUGCAUUUGUUAAAGAAACUAAGAAAGAAUCAUCUGAAUUACCUCUUCUUCAGAAAUCAAAUAACAACAGAUAA